CCGGUAAACAGGAUAGGAGCAGAGAAAAAAGAGAGAGAGAGUCGAGCCCACCACUCUGAGGUGGCAAUUUUUGGUGCUCUCUGCAGGUGUUCGUGUGUAACACGCGUGCAGCGCAUCAUCCGAUUUCUAAACUUCUCUAACGGCCUUGCGUUAGACGUGUUAUACUUUUCGGCGUACAUACAACUGACAUCCUUGCAACAGAUAUACAAUUUGAAGAAAUGGCGUCCGCUACAGCAGAAAGCAAUGUCAAGUAUUUCGCAAAGAACGAGAUAGAAAAACACAAUACCCGCGAGUCCUGCUGGAUCAUCGUCAACAACGGCGUUUACGAUGUGACGUCCUUCUACGAGCAGCAUCCUGGAGGCGAGGAAGUUCUCUUGGAGCAAGGAGGCAAGGAUGCUACUGAAACCUUCGAAGAUGUUGGUCACUCCACUGAUGCUCGAGAAAUGAUGGUGCCUCUUAAAUUGGGAGAACUUGCACUUGAGGAUCGUGAGACGAGAAAACCCAGCGUACCAGAUGAGCCAUCUUCAUGGAAGUCCUGGCUGGUCCCGUUCGCCAUUGGAAUAAUGGUAACUCUGGUGUAUCGUUUCUUCAUCAGCACAUAUUAACAAGAGGAAUCUAUUAAGUAUUUUAUCUUUUUAUAAUAAUACAACUAUAAGAUAGUUAACUAUAUUGUUAAAAGAUUGUAUAUGUAUAAAGCAUGUCCGAUUACUGACAGCUCCUAAUGACUGGACUUGAGUGUUAUGUAAAAAUAUAUAUUACCAAUGCAUAGUGGAAAUGAAUUGAUAUUGGUUACUUGUGCACAUCUCAUCGCAGCAGCCAUUGCGAUGAGACAAUUCAUUUUCACACUUGUUUCUGGUUGUUUUAUGCAAUUUAAUAUAACGACACUCUGUCGCAAGUUGUAAUGUAAAUAGUCAAUGGAAAUGAUUUUAGAUUUCCUUUACCCCAAGAUAUUUGCAUCAUUACUUAAAUUGACAGCUGUCUGAUUUGAAGUGUGAUUUUUUACAAUGAUUUGUACUUUUCCAAUGAAUUUUAAUGAUGUUUACUUAUACAACUUAUACAAAUUAUUUUAUACAUUCUCGAGAAUAAACAAAACUCAUUAAUAA